AUGCAGCUGCCUGUGAAGUUUGUUCUGGGCCUUCUGGCUGCCUCGGGCCUUGCCAUGGCCAGCACGGAUGAUGCUUCGGUCGUAAACCUGGAGCGCCGCACUCGCAACCAGUACAUCUCUGUGGACAAUGUGCUUGACCUGAAGGCAAUCUCGCGUCACUUUAAGGUCGUGAACGGCAAGUACGCGGAGGCCAUGCGCAACUACAAGCGCAACACAGGUGAGGAUCACCCUCUGCUGCGUUUCAUUGCCGACCUGUUUGACAAGCGCGCCAACACCGGCGAAAUUGGUCUGGAGGAUGUGAACCAGGAGCAGCUGUGGGCUGGUCAGGUCUCGUACGGUGGUCAGAAGAUGUACGUGGACUUUGACACGGGUUCGGCGGACACGCUUGUGAACCCUGCCGCGUACAGCCCCAGCAAGUCGUCGACGUCGAAGAACACCCACCACUCUUUCCGCACUGCGUACGGUGAUGGUACGACCGCGGCUGGUACGAUCUACACGGACCACUUCUCCAUUGGUGGUGUCUCGGCCAACAACGUGGCCAUCGGCCGCUCGACGCAGACUUUUAUCAAGGGUGAGGACCCGAACCAGGGUAUUGCUGGUAUGGCGUUCCCGUCGAUUCAGGCGUUCCCGAAGGAGAACCCGCCCUUCUUUGUGUCGCUCAUGCAGCAGAAGAAGGUGGCGCAGGGUGUGUUCCAGUUCACCAUCAAGGCCGGCUCUGGCUCGACACUGCACCUUGGCGGUGUAGACAAGUCGAAGUUCUCGGGCGACUUGGUGUACUCGGGUGUGAACCCCCAGCAGGGCUUCUGGGCCACGCAGGCCAAGGUCAACGGUCAGUCGAUCAACGCCAUUAUGGACACGGGCUCGACCAUCAUUACUGGUCCGACCGACCAGGUGCGCCGCCUGUUUUCGUCGAUCCCUGGCCUCUCGUCCUUCACGCAAGAGGGCCAGCUCUUUGCCUCGUACGACUGCAGCAAGACGCCCUCGGUGACGUUCAACAUUGCUGGCAAGGACUUUAAGCUGGGCCGGGACCAAACGCGCUACGGUACCGUGAACGGCCGCUGUGUGUUUACUGUGGUUGGCCAGAACGAUCUUCCGAUGAACGCCUGGAUCAUUGGUGACUCGUUCUUCCAGGUGGCUUCGGUGGUGUUUGAUAUGGACAAAAACCGAAUGGGCUUUGCUCAGCAGGCCUGA